UCCCGGAAGUGACGUCAUCAGUGCGCGGGAACUUCCGGCGCUGUUGUGUUGUGCACUGUUUUGUGAGACGAAUCCUGUCAGAGGCAGCAGCGGGAAGCCGGCGGGUGUGAAUGGGUGUGUAGCGGGGGUCGGUUGCCGUAUCUGACGUGUGAUAUCCGGGAGACCUUCCAUGUCUGACCACCAGCAGCGUGUAGUGACCCAGACAGCGCCCCCCCUUACAUGCCUUAAAGGGUGCUUGUAUCAAGUAGUUCAAUCCACCGGGCCACAAGGAGAAAAUGUCCUGAAUCUCUUCCCCAUUUUGAAGUCAAAGGAUAACCUAACACCUGUGGUUCCAUCUCCUGUAAUUCCCAAUGCAUCAGCGCUGAAUGGCCCACAGGCUGUCAGGAACUCUCUGCCCUCGCCAGUCUCUAAUAUACCUGUACCUAGUCCUGCGAUUGCGCCGCCGCCACCGCUGCUGACACAGCCUGCCGUCGGAAACUACAUUAUCACAACGCCGAGAAAUAUCGGCAGUAAUCCAAAAACUAUCCGCGUUGACAGCGCGUUUUCCACGCCUCAGGACGCAGCUGUAAUACUGGAAAAGUCGCAGCCGACUUUGCCGCCAAACUCUCCGCCAGGAAGUCCGACAUUCCUAAUGAUGAAUAGACAAUCUACCCCUUUAAGUCCAACACCGAUGUUACCAUCUGGACAUCGUCUCCAAAUACCCGCCCAUGCGGAAGUGAGGUCUGUCCUGGCUUCUUCCCUGCCCCUCUCCAUCCAGCAGAAGAUACUACCCCAGACCGGCUACACCGAUAUAACCAAGAGCCCUUCCGUUAUUUAUGUAUCUCCUGUCAAUACUGUGAAGACGCUUGUUAAUCAAGUGUACCCUCUGAGUCCCAAGCCAAACGCCUCAAGUAUAGCGCCUGUCACAAAACCUUUACCGCUGAUUCCGGCACCGGCUCAGACUCCACUAACUGGUAGAAUGGAUUCUCCGAAAGGACCCAUGAAAUGGAUCGUGCAAGAAAGCAGAGAGUCCGCUUCUUGCCUGGUCCCGGUCACCUCGUCCAAUGAUACUGCUUCGAAGAUACUGCAGAUGCUGUCGGGAACAAAGACGGAGGAAAUUAAGCUGACCGCUUCUGACAGUUCGAAGGUCAUACAAAUAAAAGAGAACGCUCUUGUCAUGUGCAAUAAUAAAAUAUUCUUUCUGACAAAGAGGGGGACAGAGCUGAGUGACACAGAUACUAAAAAGCCAGAGCCUCCGGCGUACACAUUGCCACUUUCGUACGCAUCGCCUAUGAAACCCGCAACAGAUGCCGCAUCGAUGAAAGAUCUCUCCAAUAAAGUGGUUGAAGUUGUUCUCUCCAAAAACAAGACCUCUCCCAACAGCAACCCGCCAUCGAGCCCUGCCGAUGAGACGCAGGCUCACCCCAGCGUGUGCACUCCUGUAAAAUCCAGCAAGACUUCUGUUCCUCUUCCCCCUAAUAGAAAUGAGUCCACCCUCCUUUAUGUAAAUCGUUGUGACGUAACUGUGAAACCUCGCGGCACGGAGUACGGGCUGCAAAACACGUCUGGUUCCACCAAACUCCUUUCUGCUGAUAAACUGCCGCAGGAAUACGCUUCUCUCAUGAGAAAUGAUCAGGUGAUUGCAAAAGCGAAGAUGAAGCGUACCACCAAGACCCCCAGCGUGACGGCAGUAAAAAGAAUGUAUGACGAAAGUUGGAGGAAGAAAUAUGGUUUAGUCAGAAAAGAAAAGGUUAUAUUAAAGAGGAUUCCUCUGCUGCAGGCGGGAAAUGGCGCAAGAUCCAAAGCGCCUUCUGCUGAGCGAGACGUGAAGGACUAUUUUGGAACUCGGCAGAAAAACAUAAAUCGAAAGCCAGCAGGUACAGAAAGUGUUAGAGCCCCAAAGAGGAAGAGUGUAGAUUCCUUCACUGCGUCUAGUGGUUACUCGUCUUCACUAGCGUCUGCCAAUACCACACCAUCGGUCUUUCCAUCCGUAGCUGGCAAAUUUUCUUCCCCACUGUUCCAAACAAGUUCUCUCGGAGCUACGGAGUCUGCCAAUCCCCACGGAAGAACCAGUCCCGAACCUCCGCUCUCACACUACAGCACAGAAACUUUCACCAGUCCUUCGGACAGCCUCGAUUUCCAUGUUAGCCAAGAUAUCACAGGACAUUUCAGCCAAGUCUCUCUGCCAAGUCAGAGGUAUCACUUUGAAUCGCUGUCAUCGGGGUAUGUAGAUGAAACCACCAAGGAUGAAAAAAUUCAGCGUCUGAAAGAAGUUCUAAAGGAGCGAGAGGAGGCCCUGGAAGCUCUGCGACGCCAAAAGAAGAUCUAGCGGACUUGUCGAACUGUUUUUAAGUUAAUAAUAGUUAAGUCGCCGUGUUUACCUUCAUAGUAGCCUAAGAUGUUCUGUUUCAGUGGGUUUCCAGGAGAGCUGGUGGUGGGCCGGUGUCAGGACGGUUAUACAAAGUAAACCUGACACGGAGAAAUGUCAUUCCAGUGAGUUUUUAGUUUAGGUAUUAUUAAAUUGUUAAAUAGCAACCAAACCAUUGCAGCUCCACCAUUAUCCUUCCAAGGACAGAAGGCUAAUGUCAUCUAAAAUCCUGUGUACUACAGAGGCCACCUGACGCCUCUUUUAUUAUUUCCCUUAAGACUUGAACACUACUAAAUUAUUUGGAAUUUUUUUUUUUUUUUUUUUUUUUUUUUUUUUUGCAAGUCCAUUGAAUUUGCUGCAAAAUAACGAAAAGGUGUUUUGAAACAAUCGUUACUAAACCUAAAGCAAAGUGAGAGACUAUUAUUCAGUGUUUCUGCAAGGAGAGGUCCGUGCUAGAAGCCGAUCCUACCUACGCAAUGUAUUUACUGGGAGAAGCCAAGCGCGUUGCUUGCUGUAAUGUACAGACCUACAGGCACAGACAAUCCGGGCAUCUCUUAAUAAUAAUUUGUUUUUUAAAUGUGUGCGUACAAAGCCGCGUCGGAUGCCCCAUUGCAUGCAUGUUCUUACAGCGCCACCCUCUGGCGCAUACACAGACAUUUCAGCUUUGUACGUCUCUGCGUCACACCCUAGAACCUGACAGUAUUGAACAGUUCUCCUUGUUUGUUAGAAGCUAAAGGUGGUAUUGUUUCUUAUGGCACUGUGUUGUGCAGUCACACUGAGAUGCAUUGUCUCUUCUCCUGCAAUGUGUUUAUGUGGAUGGUAUUAGAAGGCUCAUUAAACCUUUCUUUUCUGAA